AUGUCCGUGGGGUUUCAUUCACUCAUUCAUUCAUUCGUGGUCUUUGUAGGAGGUUACCAGGCCAGUGCGACUGUUCAGGGGCCGGAUUUCGAAUCUGUGGCGUGCGGCGACCUCUGUAGCCAUCCCCAGGCGGCAAGGGAAUCAGCUGCGACUCACACACUGAACCAUCUGCGCAACAUGGCCAGCCAAGCGAGGAAGCGGUAG